AUGGGGCAUGCCCCCGCCAAGGCGUCCAGGUCUGAGUGCGGGGUGGAGGUGCUGAAACUCAGCCCUGUCCCUCCGGCGCUGUCCAAGUCUGAGUGUGGAUUGAAGGUUCUGAAACUCAGCCCUGUCCCUCUGGUGCUGUCCAGGUCUGAGUGUGGAGUGGAGGUGCUGAAACUCAGCCCUGUCCCUCCGGCACUGUCCAGACUGAACAAAUGUAAACUCACACAGAAGUGCUGUAAUAUUGUGGCCUCAGCUCUCCAGUCAUCAAACUCACCCCUGAGAGAUCUGGACCUCAGCUACAAUAACCUGGGAGAUUCAGGAGUGGAGCUACUCUGUGCUGGAUUGAGGAGUCCAAACUGUAAACUACAGAGACUAGGGCUGGGUUGGUGUAAUCUCACAGAGGGCUGCUGUGAUGUUCUGGCCUCAGUCCUGCGUUCUCCUCACUCAGAGCUGAGAGAUCUGGAGAUCAGAGAUAAUGAGCUGCAGGAUUCAGGAGUGAGAGCGCUCUCUGCUGGACUGGAGGACCCACACUGUAAACUGCAGAGACUGGGGCUGUCAGGCUGUAGAGUCACACAGAGAGGCUGUGAUUCUCUGGCUUCAGCUCUGUGUUCAAACCCCUCACACCUGAGAGAGCUGGACCUGAGAUACAAUCACCCAGGAGACUCAGGAGUGAGAGCGCUGUCUGCUGCUAAAUUGGACACACUCACACUGCUUGUUGACCAUGGAGGAGAGAACAGGACCAAUCCAGGACCCAGGAAAUACUGCUGUCAGUUCACACUGGAUCCAAACACAGCGAACAGAAAGCUGUCUCUGUCUGAGGGGAACAGGAGGGUGACACGCAUCUCGGGGAGAGAGGAGCCAUAUCCUCAUCAUCCAGAGAGAUUUGAGGUCUGGUCCCAGGUUGUGUGCAGAGAGAGUUUGUGUGAGCGCUGUUACUGGGAGGCUGAGUUCAGUGUGUCUGAGAGGGGAGAGGUUUAUAUAGCAGUGACAGAUAAAGGAAUCAGCAGGAAAGGACGGGGUUCUAACUGUGUGUUUGGAUGGAAUAAAAACUCCUGGAGUCUGUUGUGCAUUAAAUACAGUUAUUCUGAUAAACUCUGUUACUCUGUCUGGCACAAUAAGAACCAAACAGACAUACCUACCCUCACCUCCCCAUACUGCAGAGGAGGAGUGUGUGAUGAUGAUGAUGAUGAUGAUGGUAGAGGAGUGUGUGUGUACAGGGUAGGAGUGUGUGUGGACCGUCCGGCCAGCACUCUGUCCUUCUACAGCGUCUCUGACUCUGACACACUGACCUUCCUGCACAGAUUCCACAUACACUUCACUGAACACACACCCCUCUGUGCUGGAUUUAGAGUGUGUGACUCCUCCUCAGUGUCCCUCUGCGCACUAAAGUAGAGACACACACACCACGCCCAUAUACCCACUCACACACACACACCACACACACUCAUAUACACACACACACACACACUCAUGUACACACACACACACACCACUCACACUCAUAUACACAUACAAACACACUCAAUCACACACUCACACACACACAUUCAGAUACACAUAGACACACACACCCACACCUACACACACAUCCACACACACACACACAUAUUCUCACACACACCCUUGCUCUCACACUCACACUCAUGCACACGCACUCACAUGCCUACGCACGCACACACUCCUGCACACACACUCACACUCUUAUACACACAUACACACUCUCUCACACCCAAUCACUCACACAUCCAAUCACACACAUUCACACACACACCUACACACAUGAACACACACAAUCUCGCACACACAAGCACACACAUUCACCAGUGCACUCUCACGCGCACACACACAUGCAUGCAUAUGUACACAUGCUCAUAACCGUAUACUCUCUCUCAUACUCAGUCACUCACAUACACACACCCUCUCUCUUACACACACACACUGACAUCCACACACAUUCACACAAACCCAUGCACACACACAAACUCAUGCACUCACGCACACACACAUACAUGCGUGCAGAGAUACGAACACGUGUCAACACACACACACUCCUCAGUGUCCCUCUGCUAACUGGAGUAGAGACACACACACAUGCGCGCACACACAAACAUGCACACACAUACAUGUGCGCAUACACACUCGAACACACACACACACAUAUAUAUAUAUACACACACUCAUGUACACAUACACACACACACACACUCAAUCACACACUCAUACACAUAUAUAGACACAAACACUCAUAUACACCUAGACCGUCACACACCCACACCUACACACACACACACACUCACACAUAUAUAAACACAAACACUCAUAUAUAACUCGACCCUCACACACACACUCACACACACACACACACACACAUAUAUACACAUACACACACACACUCACACAUAUAUAUACACACACUCAUAUGCACCUAGACCCACACACACGCACUCACACACCUACACACACCCUCUCUCUCUCACAUACACUCCAUCACACACACACAUACUCUCACACACAUCCUUUCUCUCUCAGUCAUGCACACGCACUCACAAAUACAUACACUCAUGUUUACUCAUGCACCCGCACUCACACACCUACGCACGCACACUCACUCACACCCAGUCACUCACGGACACACACACACGCGCAUGCAAACAUACACACGCUCAUAUCCGUAUUCACACACACACACACACACUCUUUCUCUCACUCACACACUCACAUACAGUAUACAGACACACACAUUCGCAAACACAUGCACACACUAAGGCUGUCAAAAGUGCCGUGAAAUUGAGUUUGAAUAUUAGCUUUGGUAAUUAGUUAGCGUUCUAAUAUAUUUGAAUAUCAUUUGCCUGCAAUUCACAGAAAUAAGCUGCUUAUUGUUGGGUGCAAUAUGCACGUGACGCUCCAUCUAAACUGGCCUACGCAUUAUUUUCCAUAAGCGGGCAGUAGAAUAGAGGACAUCGGUAAACUUUCAUACUAGGUUACUACAUCUGGGGCCUCAUUUAUAAAACGUAUUUUAGAUCAAGUGUGUGGCGCGUACAUAGAAAAUCACAUCAAAGUAGUGAUUUAUAAAAUUUCAACAUGAAUCGAUUUGACCGUGGAAACGGUUGUGGCUCUACAUCAGGUCUUCACUUUACGUAUGCACGCAAGUUCAUUUUAUAAAUGAGCCCCUUGCAGUUUCUAUAGCCUAAUGCACAAAUGAAUAAAGCACUUUCUUGUGGAUGUAAUUUGCCACAACUCGGCAUUUAUUAAUCACAAUAAUAGGGAAAUGAUUGUUUAUAGGAAAUGCUGUUUAUUUCUUAACACAAAAACUAUUCAAAUGGCUAAUACCUGUAGUCUAAAACAACAGAAAUUACUUACUCUGUUUAGUUUGUUUAACUUCUUUCAUCAUCCAAUUUUAUCAAAAUCUUCAGAACAGAAAGGAAACAUAGCCUGCCAUGGGAACAUUAUUUAGCCUAAAAUUGUUAGCUGACCAGUAACGUUAGCACAGGAAAUGAACUUUGCAUGCAUGAACAUGAUUCGCCGCAUGAAAUUAAAGCCUGUAUAUUUAUGUUAAUUACAAAACGCGGGAUCCAAACUAAUAUUCGAAUGCUCAUAUUUAGGUUCGAACUUAAAAAAAAAAAAAAAGAUUUUUGAAUAGUUUUCGAACUUCGAAUAUUUUUUGACAGCUCUAGCACACACUCAUGCACUCACGCAAACAUGUGUCAGUGCACACACAUUCUCAUUCCCAUACGCACGCACACAUACUCAUGCACUCAUGCAUGCACACACAUGUAUAAACACACACAUUCUCUUACCCAUACGCACACACACAUAUACUCAUGCACUCACGCAUGCACACACAUGCAUACACAUACAUGCGUGCACACACCAUAUACACAUGUAUACACAAACAUUCUCAUACUCAUACAUACACACACACACAUGUAUAAACACAUUCACAAAGGCACUCUCACACACAUACACAUACAUACACUCAUUCUCUUGUACGCACACACACUCAAAUACACAGUCACACACACAUUCACACAAAUGCACACACACACACUUUCUCUUAGCCAUACACACACGCAUCCAUGCACACACACACAUACUCAUGCACUCAAUCAUACUCUCACACAUGCACACACACAAACAUGCGUGCACACGCACACACAUACACAUUCUCUUACCCAUACACACAUGCAACCUGGGCACACACAUACUCAUGCACUCACACACAUACACUCACACAUGUUCACAUCCACAGUCACUCCCACAAAUGUACGCAUUGUGACGACCUGGGCUUAGCUAUCCCAGCGCCCCCCCACUUACCCACGCCCAUUUAGACUGAUUACCUCCCCGGUUUCCGCUGUUACAUGGUCCAGCCAAUAAAAAUAUGGUGACAAUGUCAAAAAUGGCGGCGCACUAUGAGUUGGAAAAAUGGUCGGUCCGCAGCUGUAGCUCCGAAUCCCUGUGUUAAGCAACGCAAAGUUUGAGGUAGUAAUCGUCCCUCAUCUAACACGGUUUUAGCUGCGGGAUCUCCUGGCGCAAUGCGAUUUCAACUCGCCGUGAUCUUGAGCUGGUUGUUUUUCUUUCUUUCAUUCUAAAACAAGGAAGUAGGUUGCUGACGUGUGACCGGCGAAAUCCAAAUCCCGGAGUGGAUUAUAACUUGCCGACUGGCAAACUGUGACUCACUGAACGUCCUUUGUGGGUUUGAUUUGUCUGAAGUUGUAUUGUAUGUUAGGAGAGAGACCUGACUGGCACCCCAAUUUUUUUUAUUCAAACCGUCAAAGCAUGCAUGCACACACAUUCAGAAAUUCAUGCACACAAACACACUCUCACCCAAUCACACGCACACACACACGUCGACACACUUGCAACCUUCCUUGACCAAUGCCUUACCAGUGCAAUUUCAGCUGUGCCCAAUAUUAACCUCAGUACAGCUUAACCCCUGUACAUGAGAGUAUGAUCUUUUAGCAGGUUUGGGUUAAGCACCUGCUGUCUAAAUAUGAUUUUAUUUUUUUACAUUUUAAUACAUUUAUAUUGCAAAUGUUCAAGGGGUGUUUAUGUACUUUUGAUUAUUAAAACAUUAAUACAACAUUGAGAGUAAUAAUGCCAAAAGAUGGCAAGGUAAAAUGUUUUUGAAGUAAUAACUCUGUCUCCUGUAUCUGCAUCUUUUUUAGAAGAAGCCAGUGGUGAACUCCUCCACUUAAAUGUGCAUUUUACUAGUUUUUACAGUUGCUUUCAUUCAUUUUCACAAGAGUUCCAAUGUGCAAAUUUCUGUGGGCAAAUGCAGCUGAUAGGGAGAAUGCAGAAUGAUCACUGCAGUGUACUUAUUUCCUUUCAUUACUGUAAACAAUGAUGGAUUGAGUUUCCUUAUUAAUUCUGUUAGGAUUGUUUUUUUGUUUGUUUUUUUCCCCUUUAAUUUUCUGUAUUUUCAGACAAUAAUAUGCAAUGAUUAAACCUGAAUUAUAAAAAUAUCAAAUGUUUUGCUGUUGUGAUUUAUUAUUGUGUGAUGUAUUGAACUCCUGUGACACAGUAGUACUUAUUUCAUAUUCUGUAUGGGAUUAUGUUUGGGCUCAAUAUGAGUAGAUCAGCAUGGGGCUAAAAUCUGCAGUUGAAGCAAUGACAUUCAUCUACAGUAGUGGAAAUAAAAUCCAUUAUAAGAAAA